AUGGCCCAGAAUGUUACCGACAUGCCGGAUGUUUGCACCAUCCAGACAUGUCCCCUCGAAUGGGCCUAUCUGGAUUAUUUCCCAACUUAUGCCGGGAACUUGGCAUAUCUAGUUAUCUUCGCCCUGCUACUCGUUCUUCAGACUGGUCUAGGGGUCUGGUACCGUACCUGGGGUUUCCUAGUCGGAAUGUUCUGCGGGUUGCUGCUCGAAGUCUUAGGAUACGUUGGGCGACUAAAGCUGAACAAAAAUCCAUUCGAGUUCGAUGCUUUCUUGCUCUAUCUCAUCCCGCUAACUCUCGGUCCGGCCUUCCUCGCUGCUUCCAUAUACCUUUGCCUCGCCCGUAUAGUUACAGUCUACGGUGCCAAUCUCUCGCGUCUGAGGCCGCGAACAUACACCAUUGUCUUCAUUACUUGCGACUUCCUAUCGCUCGUACUUCAAUCCGUCGGAGGUGCCUUGGCUGCAACCUCAGAGAUCGACGCGGAUGGAGAUACCGGCGUACACAUCAUGGUCGCAGGAUUGGCAUUUCAGGUCUUCUCGCUGCUGCUGUUCAUGGCGCUAUGGGCCGAGUUUGUGUGGACGGUGCGUCGGGUUCAAGAUGGAAGGAAGGAUCAAAGAUUUGGAUGGUUGAGAUCGUCGUUCAAGUUCAAAGCGUUCCAAUACUCCCUCUGGGCAGCCGCCAUAUUCAUCUUCAUUCGAUCUGUCUUCCGUGUUGCCGAGCUGCAGGAAGGUUUCGAUGGGCCCAUUAUGCAAAACGAGGCCGUGUUCAUGGUGCUCGAGGGCCCAAUGGUUAUCCUUGCUACUCUUGUGCUCUCAGUUCUUCAUCCGGGUUUUGCUUUUUCGGGUAGCUGGCACGCCGCGACAUGGACCUUUCGUCAGAAGAAACACAAUGAUGCGAUGGCUCUGCGGAGGGAUGGGUUGGAGAUUAGAUCUCCGCUCAAGAGCAGCCAGGUAUAG